GGGUCCCACGCUGCACUUUAGUAUUUAGCAGUAUCGUCCUCAUAAAUUCUCUUUAUCUGAAACACUACCAUCUCAGUGUGAUCCAAAAUUAGAAGUCUUGAGCAUCGGCGUUAGUGUUUGGAUGCGAUGAUAAAGUCCUCUCUUAUUCGUUCUUGUUCCUCUCCUUUGCUUGUCGAAGCUAAGGAUUUCCAUCGUACAAAUUGUUCCUGCAGGAAAGCUGUUUCAACCAUCACUUGUUCUUCUUCUUCUUCCUCUUCCUCUUCCACUUCCUCAAGGAGCAGUCCUCACAUUCCUAAGCUCGAGCCGUUUAGCCGAACCAGGCUCGAAAGAGCUAUCAAGGAACCGCCGUUGAUUGAGAAGUCCGAGAAUGAACUCGCCGAUUAUUGUUCGACGCUUGAAGGUGAUGAUUCUUAUAGCUGCUGGAAAGCGUAUUUUGAGCUGAAAGAUUUGGAAAGAGAGUCACCGAAAGAGGAUGUAGAGAAGUUGAUUCUGCAAGCAGGUGGAGUGAAGUCCUUGAUCGGAUGCUUACAUGGAAUUUCCUCGAUGCAAAAAGGAAGGCAGAAUGGUUUUGGUUUAAUGGCACCAAUGACUGUGGAGAAAGAAAGAGACGGACCAUGUCCAAUACCAGACGGAUUGCCAAAAUCUAAGGAAGAGCUAGAAGAGGAAGAGAGAGCUAGAAUGCCUGAUUCACCUUAUACUAGAUUACUCAGAACUAAAGGAAGCUUUCCUGCUUGGUACACUCCUACUCCUGACCAUGAAACAGAUUGAUCAUAUAGAGAACUUUUGUGAAGUUGCUUCUGUGCAUAAGUUAUAUAAAUAGAAGUGUACAGCGGUGUGAGUUGAUUGUUGCGCAAAUUAUUACCACCGGAUGAGACUUUGGUCUGUGUAGUGGGAAGUUCUUUGUGCUAGAAGUUACGCUUCCAACAUUUUGCAUCUGUGAACUUUGUGAAUAUUAUUGCAAUGUUUCAUUUGGUACAUGCUCACUUGAAUGAACAAUGUAUCAUAGCUCUUUAAUGUUGGAUUUUUGUUUUAAUAAUAAUAAUAAUAAUAAUAUUAUUAUUAUUUAA